CUGGAAACUCGAAUAAAUCGCUGUUUUCGCACCAUUUGCAGAGACUGGAUACAAGAAUGUCACUUGUUUUGCGAUCCACUCAAAAUCGAUGUAAGUUUUUUCUCAGUUUCAAUUAAUUUUGUGAUUGGGAUUUUACAAUUUUUUGAUCGAUCAAAAUUAUAG